CUUGACACUGGUCUCUCUGCUGGAGGAGCGGAGCGGCAGAGCGGAGGGGCCCCGGUCGUUUUCCAAUGCUGGGGAGCCGGGAAACAGGAACCGCGGGCGGCGAGGAGGCGGCUGCCAGGCCGCCGGGGCCGCUGAGCCGGGGACACCGCGGGGAGGAGACGCCUCCCUGCCGCGUAGGGUAUCGUCUCAUCGGCCUGGUCAACUGGAGGCAGAGACCGUGCAGGACUUCAGCGCUGUUUGCUGCAGCCAACACGGUGAUCUGGUUCGUGGCCUUCAGCUCUCUGCGAGCCUACAGCCUCCUGACCGUCCUGCUGGCUCUGCUGGUCGUCACGGUGACCGCAAGAGACGUCGCUUGGUCCAGAUCCACAGGAGCUCACUUAUGGCGCAGCAUGACUGCAAGCUGGGAGAUCAUUGACUCAGGCCAGGACAGCCGGUCCGGGGCUGGACCUCAGCUCAGCGACUCCCUCAAACUCUUCCUCCAAGAGACGUCGGCUUUCAAACAGCAAAACCCCGGCAAGUUUUGCCUGCUGGUUUGCAGUUUGUGCACCUUCUUCGCUGUCUUAGGACGCUACAUUCCAGGGAUUGUUAUCUCAUAUAUUUUAGUGCUGGGCGUUUUCCUGUGGCCUCUGAUUUCAUCUCACGAGGUUGGUUUGUGGCUGGAGCCAGUUCUGCAGAAGCUGGACUUUGGCAUCGGGGAGUUCCUUCAGAAAAUCAAAGAGAACCAUGAGAAGAGGAUCAUGCAAGCUCAGACUGAGAAAGAAGGCAUCGAGUCGGACCUUUCUUCCAUGUUUCCCAAGCUCGACUCCACUGUGUGUAAGGAAAUGUCUGUGUCAGACACAGAGGUGUCUGAUGUGACGUGGACGGACAACGGUACUUUCAACCUGUCAGAAGGACACACACCACAGACUGAGAACUCAGAGGACCUCGACAGAGAAGAAGCGUUCACUGGAGGCCUUCCAGAAUUCCCCUCACUUGACAAUGGCACGACGACCAAUGGCGACGAUGACGAUGACUUCAGCCUCGGCCUUCCCUUGCCUCGACCUCAGCCCCAGCAGCCAAUCAAAUCCAAGCAUACGCCCUCUCCUCACAAAGACCAAACCACCGACAAAGCCCUCGAAUUAGUCAACCAGAUGGCGGGCGACGUCAUCGCCGCAGCUGUCACAGCCGCCAUCCAGGAGAGGAUAGAAGCAGCGGUCGGCUUCAAGGCGCUGAGCGAAGGCUCGGAGCGGUCAAGACUCCCAGAAUCCACCAGGCUGCUGGAGCUGGCCGAGGAGUCGGACAGCGAGGUGGAGGACUUUGAGCUGCUGGACCAGUCGGAGCUGGAGCAACUGGAGGGGGAGCUGGGGUUGGGAGAGGAGAAGGAGGCCAAAGAGGAGUCACAGGCCAAGAGUGACAAGCCCGCCUCUUCUGGAUUCUUCUCCAAACUACUGAGACGCCACUGAUCGAUGAAAGCAUGGUCGGCCUGGGAGGAGGACGGGUUACAGAGGACAUGUGGAGGGGAAGGGGGGGUGUUCUGGUCACAGAGGACUGUUGGAGGUUGUGAGAAAAAAUAUUUCCAUUUAUCUUUUCCCGUAGAGCUAACAUCAACAUUUUAGAACCGGUCAGUUUAUCAGAUAUGGAGGUAAAGUCACUAUAAUCAGAAUCAUUGUAGAGAAAUGCCAAAAUCAGACUACACGAUAUCAGCCAGAUAAAGUCAGGCAUGGGGACAAAAGUGAGUGUUAGGUGUCACCAUUGCUCAUUUUAUCCUGUGCAGUGUGUGAUAGAGGAAAACAACUGAUGCAGCAUCUGGGAUGCAUCAUAACGUCCUGACCAAAAGACGACUGCGAGGUGUGUGUGUACCAUCAAGUUGGUGUAACCCAGAGGAAAACACAAGUGAAAAUUAUCAGUGAAAAACAUGAAGGGUGCUUUUGCGUGUGCAGCUUCACAUGGCGCUGCGUAUUUAUUUACAUUUAUGUGGUUCAUUCUUGUGUGCCCCCACGGUUUUUGCGCACACUGCACCGCAGCCAGUUCAGAGCAUAUUUAUUUAGCCGACUGGUCCAAAAUGGCCCAUGACCAUUGUGACAUACACAAAUAUAAUAACUCCCUCUCAAUCAUCACUUACGAUCCACUCUCAGUAUGUGACGGUGUAUUUUUCUGCCCUCUGUGACCAGGUGCCAGGCAUCAAAGAGACACAGCUCCGAAAAAUCGCAAAUCUAGCGAGGCAAAACACCAAACAAGAUAUAACUGCAGCACAACACAUAUUUUACCUGCGGCCUGAGUGGAUAUUUUGGGUGAAGCAGGUGCAAAGACUUCCUGUUAUAUAUCAUUAUAUAUAUUAAACUGACCGCCUCUGGUUUCCAAACUCUCCAGCCACUGAUGCUACAGUUCAGAGAGCUGUCAAUGCACCUAACACUUACUUUGAUGCUGAAUUCAUUCAUCCAACUACAUUACCCAGAAUUCCUAAGGAAUGACAAUCACUAGGCAAUCAAAACACCUUUAAUGCUCAAAAUACUACUUCUGGUUGGGUAGUUGUCUAUGAGCAUUAAAAACUAGAAAACCCUUUUUUAAAUCAUUAGUUCCUUUUUUUAAUUUUGUAUGCACUUUUUUUUUUUAAAUGUAGUCCAGGGAUGUUAAUUUUAUGACAACAUGCAGCAGGUCUCAAAAUGCUAUGCAUGGAAAUAUAAUUUUGAGACAAUUAUAUUUAAACAUUUAAACAUUUUACUUCCAUGUCACGUGGCUCAUUGGGGCCAUCAGUAGGCAUAGAGAAAAGUAUUUUACGUUUGGAUCAUCCUCCAACAUGUCAAACUAAAUUGUGAUUUAAAGUUUGAUUGAAGUGGUCAUUGCUGUCAUAAUCUAAAGGCCCAAACACACUAAACCAACAUCAAAGAACUAGUGGUGACGAAGGCCAGUUGUUACCUCACAUCACCUGUGUAUCGGCCAAAAAGUCACACUCAAAGACUACAGCCAACAGCCAGCUAGCAUGUACAUUCUGCAUCUGUGUGGGAGGAAUAGCAGCAGCAGCAAACGUCUCCAGCCGGUUGUAGCCUGUAAUCCUCAUUAAUAAAGAAAAUCCCAAGACUGACAUGGCGGAUUUAAGACACUAGUUAGCCAGUUAGCACAUUAACGACACAAUCUGAUGUUGAAGGAAUAAAGGAUAUUUACCACGCACUAGCUAACGAUGAGGCAAACAAUUGCUAACCAUUUUUGCUAAAGAGCUCAAUGUCUAAAAACAUAAUCUUACCUAAUAUAUCAAGUUUUGUUUAUUGUUUUGACCUCUUGACUUGAGCCGUUUUCUUAACUUCUGUUUCUUGUUUCAUGCACUGACAUCAAUUCAACAUGCUGAAUCAGCCAAAAAACAGCCAACAAGGGCCGACUGGUGCCAAUGGUGCAGGACACACCGCUACAACUAGGGCAACAGCCGCUCAGUGACAGCCUAACAUUAACCAGCGACUGACUGUUGGCUCCCUGUGUCAGGGCGCUAAAACACAAACCAGUCUCAUAGUUUACUGGCUAGUUUGCCUUCAGCUGAGAGGCUCAGUCGGCAUUCAGUGGAUAUCAACCAACAAAAACAGAUUUAGGCUUGAAAGUUACAUUCCUGCAAAGCCGCUGCUCAAAACUCAUAUUGAGACAGGAGUUCCUGCCUCAGGAGCAUCUCAUUUUAAAACCAUGGCUUCGUCCCUUUGUCAAUUGAUAAAUAGCCCAUUUAAACCUUUGUUAAAGUGGAAAUAGACAACUUUUGUUCAACAGUCAACUUAUCCUCCCCGCCAGCGUUUUGAAGUAAUAUUAUUGUUGCUGUCAAAAUAACAAUGCAGUCACUAAAGUUAGAAGCCAGAAAUAGACA